ACAGUGCAGGCAGCACCUGAAAGCCUCACAGUUCCUGUGUUGCCCUUGAACGCAGCUCGUCGCUGUUUAUUCAACAGCGGAAAGGUGACUUAGAGGAGAGAACAAGAUGACGAGCCUGCAGCUAAGCGCAAAGGAGGAGAUGGUGGAGAAGUUUCUGGACACUGCAGCAAGAGGAGACUUGUCCCAGGUGUCCACCCUUCUGUCCCACGCCCCUUCACUUAUCAAUGAAACGGGAUACAGUGGCUGGACGGCGCUGAUGCUUGCAGCCCGUAACGGCCACCACCAUGUGGUGGAGAAGCUGCUGUCGCUCGGUUGUGACAAGUUCACCGUUAACAGUUCAUCCCAGACUGCUUACGAUAUCGCCAAGUUCUGGGGUCACAGACAUAUCGCCAACCUGCUGAGCCGCUCAGUCGAUGGCUGCAGACAAAUCCUGCCAGCCGCCGAUCUCAGCACACAGGAAAACUACUUUGGUAGAGAGACGCUGGACCGGCUGAGUAGAAAGAGAACUGACAAGGUAUGGCUAGAGACCAAACAGAGCGACUCAGACACCAUCUACCUCCUGUUCUCCAACCUCAGCCCCAUGGUCAGCACGUCCCAGGAGGACAACAGUGAAGAGCAGGGGGACAUCAAGCUGUGCCGGUUCAGGUAUGAGGAUGUUAGGGACCUCCUGCAGAAAGCUUCAACAGUGAUGAUCUUCCUUGGAAUGGAGAAGAUGAAGAAUCCUUCCUCUUCCACCUCUUCUCAGACAGUAGAGAGUAUAUCUGAGCCUCCAGUUUGGUUUGCCAUUAACACAGAUGAAGAUGCUGCUGCGCUCCUUAAACGCUGCAGAGGAAAGAACUGUUUAUUCCCAAGAUCUCCAAACAGAGACCUCCUGAAACUCAAUGAGGAAGAGGCAGGCAUCGUUGCACAGGCCCGAUCUGUGCUGGCCUGGCACAACCGCUACAGUUUCUGCCCGACAUGUGGUAGCAGCACCCAUCUGGAGGAGGGUGGAUACAAGAGAAGCUGUUUGAACUCUGAAUGCAGGAGCCUGAAGGGUGUCCAUAACACAUGCUAUCCAAGAGUUGACCCAGUAGUCAUCAUGUUGGUGAUCCACCCUGAUGAAAACCAGUGUUUACUGGGAAGGAAGAAGGUUUUUCCUGCAGGGAUGUUUUCCUGUUUAGCUGGGUUCGUCGAGCCUGGGGAGACAAUGGAGGAGGCGGUGAGGAGGGAGGUGGAGGAGGAGAGCGGCGUGAAGGUCGGCCCGGUUCAGUAUGUCUCCUGCCAGCCCUGGCCCAUGCCCUCCAACCUCAUGAUCGGCUGCCUCGCUGUCGCCAUAUCCACCGACAUUAAAGUGGACGAGAAUGAGAUCGAGGAGGCUCGGUGGUUUCCACGGCAACAGGUGAUUGAUUCUUUAUUCAGAGGAGCUCGAUCAGCCUUUAUCUUUCCUCCCAGACAGACAAUCGCCCAUCAACUGAUCAGACACUGGAUCUGCAUGAACUCCAACCUCUGAUAUGAAACCUUCAGAUCUCCUGCUCAGCUGAAGCAAACGUUAGAUGGACAGAUGAUGUAAAAGAACACACCGGCUGCAGGGAUCUACAGAUUGAUUCUUCACAUGUUGCUUUAGGUUUACUUUUUAUUUCCUGGGAAAUGAAAACGUUGAAUCAAAUGUUUGCAUGAAGCUGCGACACAAAGAGCAAUCACAGAGUAGGAAACCUGGUGGCAAUUUUUUGAAAUUGGAGAAAAACAGAUCAUCGUCAUCAGCAAAGCAAAGCAGUUGUACAAGUGGAGUUUCAUAAAACUGGUAAAUAACAAUUUUACAAAAA